AUGGCCAGCGUUGACAACAACAAGACCAACCAAACCAAUUUCAGUGCCAACUACUGUCAUUUCAAUGAUGAUUUUAAAUAUAUCCUCCUCCCUGUCAGCUACACCCUGGUGUUUGUGAUUGGCCUAGCGCUGAACGCCACGGCGUUGUAUGUGAUUGUGUUCCGCACCAAGCGCUGGAAGCCCUCGACCAUUUAUAUGUUCAACCUGACAGUGUGUGACACCCUGUACAUCUUCACGCUGCCAUUCCUCAUCUACUACUACGCCGACAAGAACGACUGGCCGUUCAGCGAACCCUUCUGCAAGCUUAUACGCUUCCUGUUUUAUGCCAAUUUAUACGGUUCCAUCCUGUUCCUGUCCUGCAUCAGCCUGCAUCGGUUCGUUGGUAUCUGCUAUCCGGUCCGCUCCCUCAACUGGGUCAGCGCCCGCCAGGCCCGGCUGGUGUCUGCGGCAGUGUGGGCCUGUGUGUUAUUCUGCCAGGCUCCUAUUCUCUACUUUUCAAGAACUAGGGAUGUGAACACCGAGCGAAUCUGCCACGACACCACCAGUCCAGAGCUUUUCGAUGACUUCCUGGUGUACAGCUCAGUCGUAUCAGUGCUCAUGUUCGUCUUACCCUUCAUGGUGGUGAUGGUUUGCUACGGCCUGAUGGUGAGAAAGCUUCUAGAUACUGGCUGGGGGUCUGGAGCAAGAACUGAAGAGGAAAGAGGAGGCUUAACAGCCCAGAGGUCCAAACAGAAGUCAGUAAAGAUGAUCAUCAUCGUGCUGGCAGCAUUCAUGCUGUGUUUCCUCCCUUUCCACCUCACCAGGAGUCUUUACUACUUUUUUAGAUACCUGAGGCAGGUCAAUCCAGCACAGAUCAGCUGCAGCUUGGUGGAAGUGUUGGAAGCCUCCAGUGUGGCCUACAAGAUUACACGACCUUUGGCCAGUGCCAACAGCUGCGUGGACCCCAUCCUUUACUUCCUGGCAGGGCAGGAUGCCCGCAGCAAUCUCACUAAGAAGCGCAAACUGCCGCCACCAAAAGCAAACAGUGGAAUCCAAAACUUGACAGCACAACACUAA